AUGACCGCAAUCACCACCACGACUUCUACCGUGACGACCACCGCCACGACUACCACCACCACCACCGUUCCUCCAGGGGCGGGACCCCCACCCCUGGGUGCCCCCCCGAGGCGCCCCCUGACCUCCGCUCUCCCCGCAGUGGUCUGCCAGAACGGAGGCACCUACGACUCCAUCAAGUGCCUCUGCCUCCCCGACUUCUACGGCCCCUUGUGCGAGUUCUCCAGCGACUCCGUCACCAUCGACAGCCCCGUCGAGGGGACGAUCGUGGCCAACGUGGAGCUGGUGGUGACCGUCACCAACUUCAACUACACGGAGGAGCUGCAGGACCCCCUCUCGCAGGCCUACGAGGACUUCGUGAGGCAUUUUCGGCAGGAGAUGGCCAAGAUCUACGGCUCCGUGCCCGGCUAUGAGGGCGUGAAGAUCCUCCGCAUCGGGCCGGCGACCUCCAGUAGGCAGGGAGCCCGGGUGCGCAGGGCCUCUGUGUCCCUCCCCGCGGGCACCGGCCUCGAGGUGGAGCACGAGGUCAUCUUCAGAACCAUCGCCAGCCCCAACCUGACUGAGGAGUUCCAGGAGAAGACGGAGAAGCUGGUGCAGAAGCUUCAGGAGACCGCCGAAAGCCAGGGCGACUGCAAGCACGACCUCUCCGUCGUCUGCCUUGUGGUGUCGUCCAGCCCCGUCGUCAAGAACAUGACGGAGUCCCCUUCGCUUGAUGCACUGUGCCAGCAGCGGGCGCCCAUCGGCUACCAGGACUACUACUACGCGUUGAACAUGAGCAACGCCAUCCGCUGUGUCACCAAAUGCACAGCCAACACGCCCAUCACCCUCGACUGCUACCACGGCCAGUGCCAUGUCACCCGCGCCGGGCCACAGUGCUUCUGCUGGGAUGAAUCGCUCUACUGGUACACGGGCACCCAGUGCUCCGGGCGCAUCAGCAAGGUGGCCACCGGGCUGGGGUUGGUGGCCACAGUGCUGCUCAUCUCCUGCAUUGUCUUUGUUGUGCUGCUGGUGAAGAGGAGGAAGGAGUGGAGAAGGAACGCUUCGUCCUCCAUUGGGGACAGCUGGUACGAGAACGAUGGCGGCAUCUGGACCUCACCCGACGGCUUCCUCUUCACCAACAAUGGCGCCAGCGCAGGCGGCAGUCUACGGAGCUUCACGCCCUCACUGGACCUUGUGAACACUGACAUGCCGAUGCAUAUCGCCAGACCCUCGCUGAGACCCCCGCCAUGAGGACCCUCCACAGCCAGGACGGCGU